AUCACCUAAUUGUAGAAAUUCUAAACUAGUUAUUCUGCCAGAUCCAUGAGAUUGGGGAGAAAAUUUCUAUUGCGUUAAGAAUCGAAACAAAGAAUGGAGAAUGGAGGGUUUAGUGCGGAAGAUCUAUCAACAAUCGGUGGAAUAGCGACCGUGUCGCUGCUGCAUUCCUUCAUCCCGACUCAUUGGCUCCCUUUCUCCGUUGUUGGACGUGCUCAAAAAUGGACCCUCUCUCGUACCCUUCUCGUCACUGCAUUUGGAGCUGUUUUGCAUGUGUUCUCCACAUCCCUUUUGGGAAUCACUGCAAUUACAAUAUCAAACACGAUUGCUGGAGAAGAAACUGUUCAUAAACUUGCAUCACUUCUUCUUGUUUUUCUUGGUGGAAGCUACAUAAUAUUGUUCAUGCGUGGAAAAGGAGGUCACACACAUUCACACAAUCAACCAAUGGAAAAAAUGGCAGUUGCAGGACUUGUUCUUGUUCCUGCUUUGUCUCCUUGUGCCACUACACUUCCUGUGUUUCUUGCUGUUGGAAACUCCUCUUCCAUGAUGGUUCUUGCUAUUAUUGUCUUGCUUUUCAGCACUGUAACUGUGAUGACCUCAUUGGUGGCUUUAUCAUUCUAUGGUGCAAGCAAGCUCAAGUUUCACUGGAUGGAACGUUACGAUAAGCUUCUUGUGGGAUCUGUGCUCUGUUUGGUUGGAAUCUUGACACUUCUCUUUCAUCAUCAUGACCAUGAUCAUGCCCAUCACCAUUCACAUAUACAUUCACAUAUACAUACAUAAGAGCGUUUGCAUUGGAAGCUGUUCUGUUCUCACUAUUGUUACCGUUUUAACCCUGACGUUUUAUAAUAUUUUCAUCAAGCUUUUAGUACUAUUGCAAAGCUUUUGCACCUUCAAAUCUUUUAUGCUGUUUGUAGUCCCUUAGUUUUCUGGCUUAUUGUUUUUGUUGAUUGCUAUAUAACUCUCAUGUAUCCAUGUAAAAAGUUCCUUAAUAUCUAAUAAUUCUAUUACAAUCA